AUGUCUCGAACUCGUCAAAUACCGUCUGAGCCAGCAAGUAGUUCUCAACUGGAACUGACAGAGGAGCAUACCGAGACUUCGUCAGCUGUUCCAGUUCCAGCAACGCUGAGGUUAAGAGGAGCAGACGAGCCUGCGGCUAAUCGGCUCGAAUUGAAUGAGGGCAAUUCUCGACGUAUACGCUGGAGUGAAGAUGUCAUAGAUAACGAAGGAAUGGGGAAGAAGAGUUCCAAAGUAUGCUGCAUCUACCACAAAAGCCGACCUAUUGGCGAUAGUAGCUCCGAAUCCGAAUCCUCGGACUCCAGUACUUCUAAUUCGGACACAGAUAGCGACGACGAAGCGGCCUGCCAUAGAAGGACAGGACACCGCCCGCCUACAGCGCAGGGAGAAAACUAUGCCUCUUCUGGUCAGAGGCUAUCCUCGAACAGUGAAGAAAGAACCUGCCGAUCAAGUCACCGUGCGAGGAAAACGAAACGAAAACCAAGCCCAAAUGCCUAUGAGAAAAUGCCUAAGACCACAAAGGGUCGUUAA